GAAGAUUGUUCCAUAUUUCAUUUGCACCUACAUUGCUAAGAACGUAAGCGAAAACUUAAAACAUUGAACAUGGAGAAAUUCAUUUUGGUUAUUCCUUUGGUUACGAUGUUUAUUGUUGGCGUGUUCAGUAUACCAGUACGGGAGAAGCGGUUCUGGCUGCAGGAGAUCAAAUGCGCCGAGAAGAUAAACUGUACGGACGAGGACUACAAGCCCAUCUGUUGCUCCAACUCCAAAACAUAUGACAACGACUGUGAACUGAGAGUGGAGAAUCAGAAGAAAUACUGCACACUUAGUGGCGACUUCAGUCCCCUGGUAAUGGUUCACCCUGGUCAUUGCAAGGACCGCUCAGACACUUCCGACACCCCCAAUGACAGGUCAUUCUUUCUUGACCGAUGAAUACUUCGCCAUCUAAAUGCCAGAGAGAGGGCGUUGAUGAGCUAAGGAGCUGUUGGGGAAGAGUGUGACACGAUUCAAAACUCCACAACGUUUUGGAAUCAGAUACCAGACAUGGUUAAUCGCAGUGGCAACCCCGUGUUAGUUAGCAAAUACUAAAGCUGACUUCACCUCUGCGUUGAAAGUCCCGAGUGGGUAAACAAUCAUGAAGAGUUCCGUUUAACGGUAAUUUGACUACAAUGAGUGCAAUAAUAUAACAGAUGUUCGAUCAUGAAAUGUUCACAACAAAAAUAAACAACCGGACCCUCAAUUGUGUUUUUAACGUUGAGAGAUAUGGAGACAACACUGUUAAAACUGUAUAGUGAUCUUUGUAUAUAUACAAUACAUGUAUGCUUUGCUGUAUAUUAAUUGUGUAUAAACAUAAUUUUGUUGCAAUAUAUGAUUAUGUUGGUGCAAUGUGUUCAAGUUUAA